UAACUAACAAAGCACAUCCCCCCCCCCCAAAGAAACACAGAGGGGGAUUCCAAAUUUUUUAUUUCUUUCUCGUAUUCAAAAAUCCAGAAUUUGCAAGCUUUCUUAUCUCUGGAAUGCAUUGAACCCUUGAGAAUUUCUUGAAGUUCUUUUCUCAUAUUCUUGAAGAUUCAAGGGAUUUUCAUGUAAUAAUCUAAGAAGAGAAUCCACCAUAUCGUGAAGAGAGGGAGAGAUGGGGUUGGAUUAUUAUGAAAUACUGACGGUGGAGAGGGGCGCAACAGAGGAAGAUCUGAAGAAGGCCUACAGAAAACUGGCGAUGAGAUGGCAUCCAGACAAGAAUCCCAACGACAAAGACGAAGCCGAGGCCAUGUUCAAGCAAAUCUCUGAAGCCUACGAAGUGUUGAGUGAUCCUCAGAAGAGGCAAGUGUAUGAUCAGUACGGCGAAGAGGGCCUGAAAGACGGGCCAGCGCCCGGCUCAGCCGGAAGCCCGGACAAGUUCAAUCCUCGAAAUGCAGAGGACAUAUUUGCAGAGUUCUUCGGUACAAGCCCCUUUGGGUAUGGUGAUGGAACAAGUAUGCUUAAGAAACCACCCCCUGUGGAGAGUAUGUUGCCUUGUGACCUUGAUGAGCUCUACACUGGAUCUACUAGAAAGAUGAAGAUCUCCAGACAAGUUGUCGAUCCAAACGGGCGUUUGAGGACUGAAUCAGAGAUAUUGACUAUUGAGGUGAAGCCAGGUUGGAGGAAAGGAACAAAGAUCACAUUUCCAGACAAAGGGAAUCAGCAGAUGAACCAGCUCCCUGCAGAUCUUGUGUUUGUGAUCGAUGAGAAGCCUCACGACGUCUUCACACGCGAUGGCAACGACUUGAUGAUGAGCCAUUGUGUUACGCUGGCUGAGGCUAUUGGAGGGACGACUGUGGAGUUCACGACAGUAGAUGGCCGGAGUAUCUCUGUGCCGGUGGCUUGUAUUGUGAGCCCCGGGUACGAGCACGUGGUGGAGGGAGAGGGCAUGCCCAUUGCUAGGGAUCCUAGCAUCAAGGGUGAUCUCAAGAUUCAGUUUGAGGUCAAGUUUCCUGCAAAACUAUCGCCCGAGCAACGAGAGGCCCUAAAGCGCGUUCUUGGAGGAUGAUCGUGGAUCGAUGAGUUUGUAUAUUCGUGUAGUAUUGCAAUUUAGUGUUCUGCAUCUUUGAUUUCAGUUGAGUUUGAGCUUAAGCAUACAAGAAUGUGUGAUGAUUUAUGUUCAUGUUGAUGUGCUAGAAUUCGGAGAAUUGAUGGUUAACUAUGUGGGGUGAGAGAUAUCUUGAAGCA